GUGCUCUCGCGGUAUUUGUUCAGACUCUCGCGGGGUUUAGCGUGGCACUGGGAGGCUGGGCUGGGGGAAGGGGGAGGUGGUCCGUUAUCGGCGUUGUGUUUCGGCCGCUGUGACCGCGCUCUCUCCUCUGUGCACGGGGAGCUGCUCAGGCUGGAGGCCAGCCAGCUCUUCCCGCCACCGCCUCGGUAGCGAUGGGGGCGCAGGACCGGCCGCAGUGCCACUUUGACAUCGAGAUCAACCGGGAGCCGGUUGGUCGCAUUAUGUUUCAGCUCUUCUCAGACAUAUGUCCAAAAACAUGCAAAAACUUCCUUUGCCUAUGCUCAGGGGAGAAAGGCCUUGGGAAAACAACUGGGAAGAAGUUAUGUUAUAAAGGUUCCACGUUCCAUCGUGUGGUUAAAAACUUUAUGAUUCAGGGUGGGGACUUCAGUGAAGGUAAUGGAAAAGGUGGAGAAUCAAUUUAUGGUGGCUAUUUUAAAGAUGAAAACUUUAUUCUCAAACAUGACAGAGCGUUCCUUUUGUCAAUGGCAAAUCGAGGGAAACAUACCAAUGGUUCCCAGUUUUUCAUUACCACCAAACCUGCUCCGCACCUGGAUGGGGUGCAUGUUGUCUUUGGACUAGUUAUUUCCGGAUUUGAAGUAAUCGAACAAAUUGAAAAUCUGAAAACUGAUGCUGCAAGCAGACCUUAUGCAGAUGUGCGAGUUAUUGACUGUGGGGUACUUGCCACAAAAUCAACAAAAGAUGUUUUUGAGAAAAAAAGGAAGAAACCAACUCAUUCAGAAGACUUGGAUUCCUCUUCCAAUUCCUCUUCCUCUUCAGAAUCAUCUUCGGAAAGUGAAGUUGAACGUGAGAGAAGCAGAAGAAGGAAGCGUAAGAGGAGGCCAAAAGUUAAACAUUCAAAAAAAAGACGAAAGGAAGCAAGUAGUUCAGAAGAGCCAAGGAAUAAGCAUGUAGUGAGUCCAAAAGGUCAUUCUGAAAGGAGUGAUAACAAUGAAAAAAGGUCAGUCGAUUCAAAUGCUAAAAGGGAGAAGCCUGUGGUCCGCCCAGAAGAGAUACCCCCGGUGCCCGAGAACCGAUUCUUACUGCGAAGAGAUAUGCCUCUGGUCACAGUGGAACCUGAACCGAAGAUUCCUGAUGCUACACCCAUUGUAAGUGAUCAGAAACCAUCGGUGUCAAAGUCUGGACGGAAGAUUAAAGGAAGGGGCACAAUUCGCUAUCACACACCUCCAAGGUCAAGGUCCUGCUCUGAAUCGGAUGACGAUGACAGCAGUGAGACUCCUCCUCACUGGAAAGAGGAGAUGCAGAGACUGAGAGCGUACAGACCUCCUAGUGGGGAAAAGUGGAGUAAAGGAGAUAAGUUAAGUGACCCCCGUUCAAGCCGAUGGGAUGAAAGAAGCUUGUCCCAAAGAUCGAGAUCAUGGUCUUACAAUGGAUAUUAUUCAGAUCUUAGUACAGCAAGACACUCUGAUGGUCACCAUAAAAAACGCAGAAAAGACAAAAAAGUUAAACACAAAAAGAAAGCUAAAAAGCAAAAACAUUGCAGAAGACACAAGCAGACUAAGAAGAGAAGAAUUAUUGUACCAUCUGACAUAGAAUCCUUGAAAUCUUCUACCCGGCGAAUGAAGUUCUCUUGUGAUAGAGAAAGGCGAUCUCGUUCUUCCUCACUAUCAUCUCAUCACUCAUCCAAGAGGGACUGGUCUAAAUCUGAUAAGGCUGAACAGAGCUCCUCCACCCAUUCCAGCAGAGACUCAUACAGAUCCAAAUCUCACUCCCAGUCCUACUCUAGAGGAAGCUCCAGAUCAAGGACUCCAUCGAAAUCCUCCUCACAUUCUCGAAGUAGAUCGAAGUCCAGAUCUAGUUCCAAGUCAGGGCACCAACGGACAGCAUCAAAAUCCCCCAAAAGAACAGCCUGUCAGCUAAGUGAAAAUAAACCAGUGAAAACAGAACCUUUAAGAGCAACAGUGCCACAAAAUGAAACCUUACUAGUACCACAGCCAGUGGUGGCAGAACAUAUUCCUGUAAUCCCACUGAGUGACAGUCCCCCUCCUUCCAGGUGGAAGCCUGGACAGAAGCCCUGGAAGCCCUCUUAUGAGCGAAUUCAGGAAAUGAAAGCAAAAACAACCCAUUUGCUAUCUAUCCAAAGCACUUACAGUUUAACAAAUACUAAGGAGACUGGUAGUUCAUCAUCUUACAAUAAAAGAGAAAAAAAUUCCGAAAGUGAUCAGAGUGCCUAUUCAAAAUACAGUGAUAGAAGUUCAGAAAGUUCCCCAAGGUCAAGGAGCAGAUCCUCUAGGAGUAGGUCUUAUUCCAGAUCAUACUCAAGGUCGAGAAGUGUCGCUAGUUCACGUUCGAGGUCUAGGUCUCCCUCAUCUAGAUCUCAUUCACGAGAUAAAUACAGCGAUCGCUCACAGUGUAGCAGAUCAUCUUCAUACUCUUCUGUUAGCAGUGAUGCCGGGAGACGAGCAAAGAGAAAACUUAGAUCCAGUGGGAAAAACAGCACUUCCAAUAAAAAGCAGAGCAGCAGCUCUGAAAAGGCACCUAGCAAUAAAUAUACCAAAGGCAGAGACAAGUCUUCGUGCCUGAGAAAGUACAGCGAAAGCAGGUCGUCGUCAGAUGAUUCUUCAGACAGCGAACACUCAGAUGUUCAGGUGACACAGUCAGCCCAGGAGAAAGAGAAGCAAGUCCAAAUGGAAACGAAUAACAGACGAGAGAAAAACAGAGAUGAAGAGAAAUCCAAGCCUGAACGGGAAUGCCCGCGUUCCAAAAAAAGAACUUUGAAAGAGAAUCUUUCUGAUCACGUUAGAAAUGCCAGUAAGCCCAAGAGGAAGAAUUAUGCUGGGAGUAAAUGGGACUCUGAAUCGAAUUCCGAACGAGAUGUCACUAAGAACAGUAAAAAGAAUUCCCUGCCAUCUUCUGAUAAGGAGGAAGGUGAGGCCACAUCGGAUUCUGAAUCAGAGUCUGGUGAAAUUCACAUCAAAGCCAAACCCACAACCAAGUCUUCAAGUUCUUCCCUGCCCGAUGGUGAUGGUGCUUGGAAGUCAAGCAAACAGCAGUCAUCAACCUCUGAUUCUGAGGGCUCCUUUUGCAACUCAGAAAACCCUAGAGGGAAGCCAAGGAAGCACAAACACGGGUCAAAGGAAGCUCUGAAAAGGGAACACUCCAAAAAAGGGAAAGAGAAACUGAAAGGGAAAAAAGACAAAAAGCAUAAGGCCCCCAAACGAAAACAGGCAUUUCACUGGCAGCCUCCACUGGAAUUUGGUGAAGAGGAGGAAGAGGAGAGUAAUGAAAAGCAAGUGACUCGGGAGUCACAGGAGAAAAAACAAGCUUCUGAAAACAGUGAAACUACAAAAGAAAAUAGCCCCCAAACAGAGAAGCCCUGUGAAGACAGCAGCCUUCCAGAUACACAGAAUGCAAUCACGAUUUCAUCAGAUACUGAGCAGCCGGCCGCCGACGAGAGUAAACUCAGCAUUUCUCCCCCACCUUUAGCUGCUGAGGAAAAUGUUGCUAGUUCUCCCCCAGACACUCAGCACAUUGAGGACAGCGACCCAGGCGGAGUGGAAGACAUGUUUCAUGCAGAUGACAACAUGGAGAUUUGUACUCCUGAUAGGAGUUCCCCAGCAAAGGCGGAGGCAGCAUCCCCUCUCGGAAAUUCGAGGCUUGCCACCCCAGACCCGGACAUAGCUGAAAAGCCGGCAGAGCAUCCUGCGGCAGAGGUGGGGAAACAGGAAAGCAGCGUGUCUGAAAGCCCCACGGCGCGGGAGGUGGGGAAACCCGACAGCAGCUCUGCUGCGGGCGCAGCCGGUGCCGUGGAAAGCACGGUGAAGAGGGAGGCGGCCGAAAGGGGUCAGGCCAGCCUCCUGGACAAUAAAUGGAAGCCCCUGCAAGGGGUGGGAAACCUGGCAGCGCCGCCGGCUACAUCCAGUGCUGUGGAAGUGAAGGCAUUGACGGCUGUGCCUGAAGUGAAGCCACAAGGCCUGAGAAUAGAAAUUAAAAGCAAAAAUAAAGUUCGGCCUGGAUCCCUCUUUGAUGAAGUGAGAAAGACGGCACGCUUAAACCGGAGGCCACGAAAUCAGGAGAGUUCAAGUGAUGAGCAGACACCUAGCCGGGAUGGUGACAGCCAAUCCAGGAGUCCAAGUCGAUCUCGGAGCAAAUCUGAAACCAAAUCUAGACAUAGAACCAGGUCCGUCUCCUACAGCCACUCACGAAGUCGAUCUCGAAGUUCCACAUCCUCUUAUCGAUCUAGAAGCUACUCCAGAAGUCGGAGCAGAGGGUGGUACAGCAGAGGCCGCACAAGAAGUCGGAGCAGUUCCUCCCGCAGUUACAAAAGUCAUAGGACGUCCAGCAGGAGCAGGUCCAGGAGCAGCUCAUACGAUCCCCACAGCCGGUCCAGGUCCUACACUUACGACAGCUACUACAGCAGGAGCCGCAGCCGCAGCCGCAGCCAGAGGAGCGACAGUUACCACCGAGGCAGAAGCUACAAAAGGCGGUCCAGGAGCUGUAGGUCUUACGGCUCUGACAGUGAAAGUGACCGAAGUUACUCUCAUCGCCGGAGUCCCAGUGAAAGCAGCAGAUACAGUUGAAAAUGUCCCCUUUUUUGAUACGAAUUAUAUCUUAUUUGUAAAUAACUGGUAACUUAAAAGUUUAAGAAACUUAAUGGCAGUCUGUUGUUCUAUUUCAAUAUUAGAGCUGAACUUCAAAAAUAGGCACUUCUUAAUUGUUACUUGUUCAUUUACUUGUGUUCAAAAUUUAAAAUACAGAUAUGUCUCCUAAAAAUAUUUUUAUGCCACAUUUUGCAGUAGCCAACUAUGGAAGUGAAUUUCAUUUUCUUGAAUCAAGAAACCAUGACAUUUUAGUAUAAGUUGCAGUAUUAUUUUAGAGAGACAUUUCCUCUCCAUCUCGUGUUCCUUAGAAGGCAGGGGUUUUUGCCCAUUUUUCAGGUUCAGUAUUUGCUGCCAAGCACAGACCUGUGGGGAGCUAUUAAAGGUGGCCAAAUGUUUAUAUAUCAGUUACAGAGUCUUAACACAUACGUGCUCUUAAAAUCAAACCACCUAGAUCGAUACUGAUGGUAGCCAGGAACAUGAGAUAGUGGAUUUGGGGCUCUUAAUUCAUUCCUUCUGUGUUGUCUCAGAGGAUCAGGAAAGUGGUCAUUACACAGCCCACUGUCUGUAUGACUUCAUGUUGGCAGGCGUGGCUAAGAAUGAAUCAGCCUUAACUAUAGUACCUGCACUCACUGGCCAGAGCACCUAAUGGUUCAUGUGCUUUCUAAUAAGUAUGACCAGAAGUUUGGACUGUAAAGUCAUUCUACUCCACUUCACCCUUUGGUGCUUGGUACCUUUUGGUGCCUCUAAGCAUUGCUCUUCGAUACCAUAUGUUAACAAUUGUUUUUACUCACUGGCACCAAACAUGGUUCUUCUCAGCCGUAUUCACUGAAUAUUUGGAGGGGUUGUCUCAGGCCAUGAUGUGUGCUAGGCCUCCUGGACCAGACAGGAUUGGCAAAAGGGGUUGUGUGGCCAGUCAGUCUCCUUGGACCAGACAGGAUUGGCAAAAGGGGUUGUGUGGCCAGUCAGUCUCCUUGGCUGGCAUGGUGCCUGUGGAAGGGUGGAUUGAAGAAUGGACUUCAAAAGUAAUACCAACAUCUACCUGCCUCCAUCCCGCACAUUGUGCGGGCCUUCUGGGUCUUUCAAGAAGAGACAAAGCAGUAGUUGGAUGGUUCUAAGUGGUUUUCCUGUUUCCGCUGUGGCCACACUGACUCAGUGAAGCCUUGGUGAUACGAGGAAAACCAGGACAACAGUCAGGGAGAGAGAUGAAUGGGAUUGCAUAAAUCACACAUUCACAGUACGGGGUGGUUCCUCCAAAAAUGACUUGACCUGUAAAAAUCGGUGUGAUUUUUUUUUUUUUUAAAUCUAGUUGGAGUUUUUUCCACAAGUGUACUUAAUCACCUCAGUGCCAGUUUAGUCCAGGUAUGCAGAAGAAAUGCAUAUGGGAUGUCUGAUGUAGAACUCUGUGCCAUCCUCCCCCGGGCCUUGCCUGGUGUACUUGGGAUGUGGGGAAGAACCCUCAGUUGGAAGGAUUGGACAACCCUUGCUGGGUGGAAAGAUGAUCUUGGAUGUAUUCAAACCAUUACCCAUAAAAGGCUCAUUAACAGGGUUCCGAGGUCUUGUUUGCCAAGUUGAUAGAUAAGAGUACAUUAGAAAACAGGACCUAAGUCAAACAAAUGUUCUUGCAAGUGUGAAUACAAAACAUUGUGUGAUUCCUAUGAGGGGUUUUCAAAAGUUGCCUACAAUGGAGACCAUUGCUUUAAUAAUACUCAGUGGGGACAAUAACUGCAUUCAGAACCCAAACAAAAACUGCCAAAUCUAAUUAUGUUAAGGAAAGUUACCCUUGGGCAGUGUGUUGGUUUUCUAUUGCUUUGUAAAUAAUUACCCCAAAGUCAGCAGCUUAAAACAAUACCUGUUUCUUAGAUCUGGCUUGGUAUGGCUGGAUUCUCUGCUCAGGGUGUCACAGGCUGAAACCAAGGGCCAGCAGGGCAGCACUCCCUUCGGGGGCUCUAGGGAGGCUGCUUCCGUGUUCGUUCAGGGGGUUAGCAGUUUCCGUUUCUGUCGGGUCUCACUCAGCUCCUUAAGGCUGGUGUGCUCCUCUCCAUGUUCAAACCAGAGAUGGCCAUCGAGCCCUCCUGCUUCUGUCCGCCUUCCUCCUGUUUUAAGGUUCAUGUGACUAGAUCCAGCCCACUGAGCUGGUCUCCCUGUUUUAAGGUCAUAGAACAUAUUCUCACAGGAGCGGCCCCUGUUCACAGGGUCCUGGGUUGGGGCAUGGAUAUGAGGGGAGGGCACUGUAGAAUUCUGCCUACCACCGGCAGUCACUUCACCCGCUGGGGCUGCGGGGGCAGUUUUAUCCUGGAAGCUGCAGUUGUUUUCUCCACUGAAAAGAACAGCCCUUGGCUGCAGCCUUCAACUUGUGUGUUUACUGAAUGAACUACAGAGACAGUUUUUCUUCCUAAGGGGAUUAUUCUGUAUUUUAAGUUAUUUUUUUAAUAAAAGUGAAUUAUGUUGUGUAUUGUGCUUAAUAGAAAAUGCAUUGUUGGACUGUUUUUGUAAUGUCCUGUUUACUGCAAAUGAAACAUGAUAUGGCUGGUAUUGUUUAAAAACUAGAAAGUACUUUUGUACAUAUCGGCAAUGUGAAAUUUGUAUACACUUCAUUCAAAUUCCCCAAGACUUGAAAGGGGGACCUUGUAGAAAUUAAAAUGUUACUUAGUCUAA